AUGGCAGGUCCUCUCGCUCUGCGAUCAGGUACCCCUAAUCGAUCUAGUCGCGGCACUGUCAACAAGCAAUGGCAGCCACGAACAAGGGGACCUUCAGUGGAAGCAUGGGAACGGGUAAAGCCGUUCAUAAUGCGAUACUACGUUGAGGAGGGAUUAAAUCAGGAUGAAAUACUCAAUCUUUUGUCCAAGAAACAUGGGCAUGAUGUGAAAUUGAACAUGCUAAAGACGAGGCUGAGGCAGUGGAAUAUGAAGAAGAAUUACACAAAGGCAGAGAAACAGGCAGCAGCGAAGGAGCUGAAGCGGCGCUCCGACCUCGGGCUGGAAUCUCCUGUCGAAGUAAAAAUUGACGGGAGACACCCGUCUUGGGACCGUGUAUAUCGCCAGUGCCGAAACGACGCGGAGUACACAUCUCCCUGGCUGCAAAAGAAUACGGAGUGGCGUGCCCUCGUCUCACGUCUUUGUCUGAAAACGUGUCCUACCGACCACUUCCUCGAAUUGACGUUGAGAGACGUCUCAACAUAUUGGGGCAUAAUUAUUGUCGGACAGGAAAAGAAGCCGGAAACGAAAAGCUACGAACCUCAGGCCCUGAGAAUUGGCUUUCUCGGUGGACUGGAACUCAUCAAGAAGGGCCGUGACAAGCAGGGAUGGCGCGAGAUCCACACUACGUGUGGCAAAGUCAUCAAUGUCUUCCGGUCACGAGAGCCUGAUCUUCUGGCGGAGCUCUUCUCCCUCUUCUCAGCGAGGAGUUGGACUGUCCAUCCUCAAUUGCUGUCGGCAAUCGCCAAAUAUGUCCUCAACGUGUCGCGUGAUCUUGUGGGAUCCGAGCACCCUCUGAGCCAUAUCUUGCGUAUGUUUGUCGCCUUACUUGCCGAGGACAGUCUGGAAGCGUUCGGUAUUGUGCCGGAGUUAGCGCUGAAAGUCAUGUUAGAUCUGGUUGAACAAGAAAGGGAGGUGAAGAUCGCGUCUUUCUACAUCCGGUCUCUGGAAGUGAGUCUCAUGGACAAGAUCAAUGGGCGGCUCGGACAACACGCCGUCCGACAGCUGGUGCAGGCCAAAUUCUCGCACUAUAGAGCAACGCUCGGCGAGCGGAACCAGUAUACGCUGUCGAUGCUUUCCGACAUUGCGCAAAUGCACCUAUGCGACGCUCGGGGGUUCGAUCCCCGAGAGAAUGGACAUGAAAAGGAAGCAUCGGAACGCAAGGCUGAAAAGAUCCUGCUCAAGAUUGUGCGCCAGGGCGAGAAGUUUCCAGACGACCUUUCCCGGGUUGGCUCUUACCUGCUCGCCGCGCGAGAUCUUGCUCGUCUCUACUUUUCAAAGCAAGACUUUCAGAAUGCACAUAGGUACUACGGUCUGGCGGUACUCUGGUCUGCCCGGAAACUCGGCCCAUUUCACUCGUUCACCUCUCUGGUGGUGGAUGACUACGAAGCUUUGCAGAAGCUGGUGGGACUUGGUCUCGUAGACAUCAAACCUGAAGAAGAAGAGCAUGACCGUCAGUUGACUUGCAACCAGGAGAACCAACCAGGACAAGAUUCUCAGGAUUUUGUUCUCGAGGCCGCCACAUCCACCCAAUUUGCGGGCGGCCCAGAGUUCACCCCCAUCACCCUCCCUGGGAAUGAAUCCAGCUCGCAAGGGGUCGGCAAUGUCCUUCCUGCGAGCACGAACGAGGACUGCGAGGGUGCGCAUAAUGAAAAUGCACUGCUCCUAGAGUCCGUCUUUGAGUUGCACAGCCCGAGUGCGGAUCUGUUUAUCCAGGCUCCGGAGGACUCUUACGUGUGGACGCCCGGCACCCCGGCACCUGGUGGUUCACAAGGAAUUGUCGCUGACAUGGCAUUUGAUGAACCUGCUACUUCAUCCAGACAGGGUCCGCCCAUCUUUUUUCAAGACAACCCGCCCGAGUUCAACUUAGACAUGGACAACAUGGACAACAUGGAUCCAUUUCUGGACUGGCAGUCGAGCCAGAAUGUUGACGGCGUUUCAUAA